AUGGCAUUAGAUCAGUUCUUCAACGCGAAACAUGAAGGCUGUAUUGUCAGAGCUAAGGCGCAUGCUCGAAGAAACGAGGGAAUCAAAGCUGUUCGAUGGGCUCGCGUGGCGGAGACGCAGCGUGGUAACAAAACCACAAUUCGGUCUUUGAAGGACCGAGACAGACACGGGCUGAGAGAUCCCAGGCAGCUGUAUUCGAUUGAACAAUUAGAUGUAAGAAAUUCAAUUAAAACCCUCUUCCAUAAGAAUGCUGAUGUAGACAUUAUCAAAGUCUUAAGUUUAUAUGGUGGCGAAGGCUUGGCACCGAUAACUGUUACGCAAAACCCGAAGAACAGUUCCACACUUAAAAUUUAUUUUUCGGCGAUCAAUCCGAUUCUCAACAGAAACCAGACAAACAAAGAUCAAUUUCAGAAAUUAGUUGAAGGGUUCCAGGAUCUCAUUGAUGUCAACACUGUUUUUGAUAUGGAGUUAAUGCUAUCAAGCAUGACGUGGAAUAUUGAACUUCAGAGGGAAAAAAUCACCGUAGGAGACUUAGUAAAAAUAACCGCGGUAAAUGUAGAAGUGUACAUCAACGACAUACUGAAGGAGGCUGGUGUUCCAUACCGUAUCGCCAAAACUGACUCUGUGUACGUCAUAGACACAAACUAUGUAAAACAAUUGUUAGCGUUGUUUAGCAGAUAUCCCUCAAACUUCACAGAGUAUGCGCUCUUCAGAAUGUUAAUCAGUGUAUCAAUGGCGUUACCUAUGAAAUAUCGAAAUGUUGUUGAAGCUUAUGAAAAUGCGCUUCAAUCACAAAGUUAUUCAGUGAGUCGGGAUAUUCAAUGUGCUAAGAUAACCAACGAGUUGUUGCCCAAUCAUGUUGGUCGAUUAUACGUGGACAAAUACUUCAAAGAUUCUACGAAACAAAAGGUUACGAAAUUAGUGGAAAACAUACGUCAGUCCAUGUUGCAGAUAUUCAGUAGUUCUGAUUGGAUGGAUGGAACCACAAAAGAUGCUGCUAAAAAGAAGGCAGCUGCUAUACUCGAUUUUAUUGGAUAUUCCACCACCAUCACUUCCAAGCGCUUAUUUCCUGACGUGGGGAAUUUAACCGGAAUAGAUUUUGUAAGGGAUCUGUUAGCUAUCAGGCGGAUCACUUCAGCAGCACAAUUUAAUGGCUUACGUUAUGUCUUUUCUCGAAAUUCAUCAUCGAUCCCUUCAGCCAUAGUCAAUGCUUUCUAUAAUCCUUCAAAAAACUCAAUAAAUUUCCCUGCUGGAAUUUUGCAGAAACCAUUUUUCGAUGAAAAUUAUCCCAGCCCCCUCUUAUAUGGUGUCUUUGGUGCUGUAGUCGGGCAUGAGUUCACACACGGCUUCGAUAAUCACGGAUCUUUAUUUGAUGAGGUUGGAAACCAGAAAAACUGGUGGAAUAGUGAAACGAAGAAGAAGUUUAAUAAGCGUGCCGAAGGUUUAAAGAAACAGUAUGCCGAAUUUAACCUCUGCAAAAACAAAAAAAAGUGUCAGUACAAGAUCGAUGGGAAGAGGACUCUGGGAGAAAACAUUGCUGACAACGGAGGACUAAAAGCAGCAUUUAAUGCCUACAAAACUAGCAUAAAGAAAACAGGAGAGAAACAGCAAAUGCUACCAGGUCUGGAAUAUACAGAUGACCAGUUGUUUUUCGCAGGGUUUGCUCACAUUUGGUGCCGGAGAACAAGUCAUCAAAGUCUUCUGAACCAACUUAAAAAUGAACAUUCUCCUGCACGAGCUAGGGUUAUGGUAACGCUGAUGAACAGCUACGAAUUCUCCGAAGCAUUUAAGUGUCCACCAAAUUCAAGGAUGAAUCCCACCAAAAAAUAUGGCGUAUGGUGAUGAAUAUAGUUUAGUAACAACGUAACUGUUUGCUUGAAUUUCUUGAAUACACGUAUUAUUCUGUACGCGAAUGUCUGAAGCAAGAGUUUUGUCCCCUAUCCUCACUAACUUUUAAAAAUCUUCAAGCGAUAUCCCUUGUAUGUAUAACUAUUUACUUGUAUAUAAACAAUUAGUAGUGUGGACGGCUAAGAAAUUUUUUUCACAAUCAUGUGGUACAGGGUUCGAUUCAGCGGUACAGAACUUUGGGUAUUUGAGCAAAAAUUUUGUAUCAUUGACUCCUGAUGGCUUAAGAUAUGCGAGGGUCUGAUGUCAAACUCACGGUCUCUGUCUGAUGUGGAGGCCGUGAGUUUGAGCUUGAGAUCAAACUGGUUCGAUGAGCGUACCCUGCCAUCCUGGCUCGACAUGGCUUGGCAGAGGGGUGCAGUUUAAAAAAAAUUUUAUAAUCUUACCCAGGAGUAGUUAAAUCGAUCACAUCGUCGCCAGUGCUCCAUUGGUACUUAUUAUAUCGACCCCGAAAGGAAGAAAGGCAAAGUCGACCUCAGUGGAAUUUGAAAUCAGAACGUAAAGACAGACGAAAUACUGCUAAGCAUUUUGUCGCCCGGCGUACUAGCGCUUUUGCCAGCUUACCCCUCUCUAUAUGUGUGUGUUUGUUUGUGUUUACAAUAGUGAGGUUAUACCAAGAAAUAUUUCCAAUGUAUGUAAUGAAUAUAAUGCCAUGCGGUAUAUAGUUACGUACCUUUAAGCUCUGAGUUCAAAUCUGGCUGAGAUCAACAUUACAUUUCAUCCUUCUGGAUGUCCAUAAAAUAAAACACCAAUUAGCUGAGUGUUUCUCACCCAUCCACAAGUCCAGGCUUGCUUAUAUUAGAAAUCAUUUCAACAUAACAGUAAGUUUCUAAACAUUAAUUUAAUCCUCAGACAGACUCUGUAUAACAAGAUUUGUGCCGUUUGAAUCAGUAGCACGGUGCUAUCCGUCCGAGCAAUUUCUACUCCAGAUUCCAUCUAUUAUACCUCAUUAUUUCGUCUUCACAAGGCAGUGGAAUCGGGCCCUAUAAAAACCAUUGAUUGAGAAAGGAAUUUCGUCGCCAUUUGACCAGUCUGCGCCUAAAAGUAUAGAAAAUAAAUAAUCAAUUUCCAAGACAGUGUGAAAGAUAUAAUUUAAAGCAGAGUAAGAGUGAGUGAGAGAGAGAGAGAGAGAGAGAGAGAGAGAGAGAG